AUGUACACUGAUUUACUUGAAAGAGCUCCAUCGCUUUUAUUAGACGAUUAUCAACAUAAUGCCGUUAUCCCAAGAAAGAAUUCAGAAGCCCCUAUUUCAUCACAUGACGCAGGUCAGCUAUUGACAAAUAAGAAAUUCUUAUCAAUUGAUGAUACAGAUAUGAUAGAUUUAAGAACUGUUUUCGACGAUCAAAUGCUUCGUGGUUCGCCUAUGUAUUUUGACUCUGAUCCAGAAGAGAAUAAUGAUCCGGUUACCUUAAAGGAUACCAAGCCUAGGCCGAGCCGUAUUUCAGUACCGUCAACGGCAGAUUGUUAUGGUGAUAUUAAUAUGAAUAUAUUUAAUGAAUUGCGUGUUAUUCGCCAAAAAUAUAUUAAGGGAUCGUUUCAAGAUUGUGUCAGUGAUAUGAAAAAUGAUUUGGACAAAUGGUUGGUUUAUCCAAAACCGCUACCAAAAUUUUGGAAAUUCGAAAAAGAUAAUAGAUUAAAGGAAAAGGUUUUACAAUCAACAGCAUCAUCUUCAGAGAUUGAUUUAACCUUAAAUGAUUUAAAAAAGGUGAAUAACCAUGGUUAUUUUUAUCCACAUAAUAUAGAUGAAGAAUAUUUCUUAGGUAGGAAAAAGGAAAAUCCGCACUAUACAGGUGAAUACUUCAAUAUUUAUUUAUAUAAAAAGGCAAAUCAUAAAAAUAUGGUCAAGCAUUCUUUAUUAGGACCCAGAAAUGAGAGCAGGAGUAUCCCCACAUUCAAAGAGUUUAAGCAUGAUUUAACAAAUUUAAUUAAAGCUUCGCAAACUGAUAAAAUCAAUAGAGUAUCUGAAAGGAGACUAGUAUACCUAAAGGAUAAAUUUGAGUUAUUCCAGUUACUAAAACAGAAAUCAGAAAUAUUGGAGAACAAACAUGUUCCUUAUAGAGAUUUUUAUAACUCAAGAAAAGUAGAUCUUGAUCUCUUACUAAGUGGGUGUAUGGGAAGGCGUCAGUUAAGUGAAUAUAUUUGGGAAAAGUUGAAUAAUGAACCUGACAGAAUAGUUUAUAUUACAGAGGAUGACCAACCUAUUAGAUUAAAUCAAUUUUUCGAAAAUGGUAUAAAUGUUGAUAAAUGUGUAUGUAUCCCAGCUGGAUUAAAACUAAUAGAUGACGAUUUUUUAGAAUGGUAUAAAGAUGUAUAUCUUGUUAGCUAUCAUCUCCUCCGUGCAACAGAGAGCUCAAUAAGGAAUUCUUUAAAAGGUAAACAUUAUCGCUAUUAUCUUUUAGCCAAAACAUUUUUGGAAUUUGAUAACUACAUUGAUGGUGAAUAUUUUGCUGAAAUAUUUACUAGAUUUUGUCUACAUACAUUAGAGAAAUCAAAAUAUCAAUUAGCCCAAGUGUCUGUUGAUUAUCAGUAUACCAAUGAAAAGGGUAGCACGUCUGAUAAUUGGUGGUUGAAAUUUUCCAAUUGGCUCAUGAGAUAUAAUUUAAUAUCUUAUAAUAUUCGUUGGAAUAUUAGAAUUUCGAGGUGUUACUCUCCACUUUUUGCUCUAGGGAAAGUAGGAAAUUUUCAAGAUUUUAUAAACUUAAUUUUUGACCCUUUACUUGAAGCCAUGAAUUCAGAUGAUAUAAAAUUUCAAUUCGCUAUGAGAAAUAUAUGUUCUUUAGAUCUAGUCAUUAAUCAAACUGACGAUUAUUUGUGGAAGGUAUUUGAAGAUACAGAUUUGGAACCAAGUAAGUGGGUUGCGGGCGGUGACAAUCCAACAAUCUCACAGUACAUGUACUCUAUAUUUGAUAAACUAUCAGAAAUCAAUAGAUUAAGGCAUAACUGUUUUCAAAACACUAUUAUUUUAAGAAGCUACUGUUGUCCUUAUAUUACUAAGAAUAGAACAUCGCAGUUUAGUACUACGGAUGUUAUUUUCAAUGAACAAAUAGAAUCACUGGCCUGUAAUUUACUUCUUUGUAAUGGUGGUCUUCUUCAAAGUGAGCCAAUUUGGGAGGCACCUCCAUUAUUUUUAUAUAUGUAUUAUUUGUUCCAGGUUCCUAUUGUAGUGUCACCACUAUCUUCUGUAUCCCAUGGUACAAGUUUAAUUGAAGAUUAUCGCGAUUUGGGAACUCAGACGGAUGAAAGGAAUAUUGAGAAGAAUUUUGUUACCGAAAGACGUGAGGAGAAUAAGUUAAGAAAUUUGACAAUUAUAGAUGGAAGAAGUUAUAAUAAAAACCCAUUCAUGAGUCUCUUUAAAAUCGGGUUUAAGGUAUCUUUAUCUUCAGAAUCGGUCCUAUUCAAUUCAUCGUACACUCAGGAGCCAAUGAUGGAAGAGUAUAGUGUUGCGGCAAGUAUAUAUCUAUUAAAUGCCGCUGAUCUGUGUGAAUUAUCACGGAAUUCUGUACUUGUCAGCGGAUAUGAUGGUUGGUAUAAAUCACAUUGGAUUGGAGCUGUAAUUAAGAAAAAGCAAGAUGAAGAAGUAAUGAGUGAGCCAAUAGGGAUGACUGAUGUCUGGUACGAUAAGGACCAGGAUACACGAGAGAGACACAAUGUUCCCUUCUUAAGAAGACAUUUUAGAAAUGAAACUUUAGCUCAAGAAUGGAUAUUCACCCAAGAUGAUUUCUAG